AUGGCUGUGGUCCCUUUGACCCAACAGAUCACCCCGUUUGUGGAGUCAGAUGCUGUGGCAGUGUUCAAGGACCCAUACUUGGACGCACCAGAUGACUUGGUGCUGCGCUGGGCUCGCCUUGCCCUCUCCUGCACCGCCAUGCCCGCAACCUCCCGCCCCUCCAUGAAUCAAGUGCUGGGGGAGCUGCUGAAGCUGAAGCAGGAGAUCUUUAAGCCACGCUACAACGACAUGCUGGAGAACUGGGCAUGGCACGUGCAAGCAGUGGGGCUGGGCGGCCAUUUCAUCAUCUUCGCCGCUGAUCAAACAGCUCUAGCCUUCGCCACCAGCAAAUGGCCGGGCCAGGCCGUCUUGCUGCCGUUUUCAGGGCAGUUCGGGCAAGAAGAGAAAAUUAGUAAUUUCGAGUCGGCGCAUUUCUAUGGGGAUGCUGGUUUUCACAAAGUCGCAUCGCAUCAGUCUGGGAGAGAGGGGAAUGUGGGGGGGGGAGGAGCAACGGCAGAAGGAGGAGGAGAGGGAGCAGGAAAGGCUAGUGGAAGAGCAGAGGGAGUGUCUGAUGGUGCAGGGACAGAGAGAGAGGAGGAAAGGCAGCAAAAGCGGCAGUUGCAAGAGGAGCAGGGGCAGAAGGGGGUUGGGGGAGGAAGUCAGGGGAACGAGGAGGAGGGAGCACAGAAGCAGCAAUCGGAGCAGCAGCAGGAGGAGCAGAAGGAGCAGGAGGAGGAGCAGACGGAAGGGGGAGAGGAGGAUGAUUUUGAUGUCUACUUGACUCUGGAUGAAAGUGUACUCGUUAAUGCAUCAAGUGCAUGCCGUAGUAUCGACUAUCCCUGGGUUCAGCAACCCAUCUCCUCCCCUUCCGGCCUCCACGUUCACCCCACUUCCCUCCUGCCUCUAACCUUGUUCCCUUCCUCGCCCUUUCUCCCCCAUACACGCUCCACCUCAGGCCGCAGCAUCGUCUAUCUCUGGGUCUACCUCCUCCCCUUCCACUCCCUUACCUCCCUUUCUUUCCUUCCUGCUCGUACUCUGUCCCUCUGUUGCCUCCCUGCUUCCUAA